CGUCUCGCUCCCCCGCGGCGGCCUGCCAGGUACAAACAGAUGGAAGAGCAGCUGAAGCAGAAGUUGGAGGCGGAAGAAGCCAGACGACAACAGGCCAGCCGCAGCGUGGAGAAGAACCAGGAGUUGAUGCUGACCGUCCAGAAUGGUAUCGACAAUCUCUUCAUGCGCCUGUGCAGCAUCUCGGUGCCCGGAGAGGAGGAUGUCCCGACUGACUUCAAAGACACAUUCAAAAAGCUGGAAUUCUGUCAGAGGAAACUCGUCCAUCUGGUCAGCGUGUCUAAAGACGUCCCCCCGGAGGAGGUUGAAAAGGUGAAACACGUCCUAGAAAAGUUGGCCCAAGAGGACAAGCUGAACAGGAAGGUUCCUUUCGAAGAUCAGGACACUGAAAUAACAGAGACCUUCAAUUACGCCGACAUGGAGGACUACUACGUCCCGACCCGGGAGGAAAUCAAAAGGCAGGGCAAGAACCUGAUCGAGGCCAAGCUCAAGGCCAGCAAGAAGAAGCCGAAGAAUUGAGGGCAUCCGGGUCUGCCCAGGAGGCUCCGAGGCCCAGAGCCCCAGCCCCCGGCUUGGCCUCUUGCCCCAGGAUUCGGGGGUUUGCUCCGCCCCCGGCCCUUUUGUCCUAUGAAUAAAAUUAAAUUUCAGAAUCCUUUCUGAAUCCCCAGGA